GUCAGUCUGCACACGCAUUUCAAAUAUCUUUAAACGCCUUUAAACUUGUCCCCCAAAUCUGCGAAAAUGGAAGUGUUUACCUUUGAGAAAUCCUUUCUGGAGCGCCUGAAGGAAGCGGAGGCGGUACUUAAGUGGGAGGGAGCCGUGAUGCCCGCCUCCCAAGUGCGAUCCGAGUGGAAAUCCUACGUAGAACUGCAGAUUGAGCCUGCAGGAUGGCAGGCGAUUUGGAAAAUACCGCGAGUUAUUUGCGAGGAUCUGAAACUGCGUUAUCCCACCAUAGUUUACGGUUACGUGGAACAGGCGAUCUUCGAGGAGUUAAAAGCGGUCUUUGUGGUCACCGCCGUGCAGGACAGCGAUGUCCACCUGCCGGAGAGCAACGAGGUGUCCCUGGUGGAGCUGUGGCCUACGGUGGAGCAGGAGAACUCCGCCCUCAAUGUAGACACCACAGCGGACUGUAUCGAUCGGCUGAGGUUCUUCUAUACACAUGUGUGGAUGCCUUGGGACAAGGACUACGAUGAUGAUCGCGACUGGGUGCAGCAGCAUCUGCAGGCUCGUAUUCAGCUGGUCUGCGAUCUCAGCAAGAAUCGGCUACCCCGACCACUAGCCGUGCACAUGCGCACCCUUCUGACCGAAGCAAGUUACAUCCAGCAGCGCUUGGACUACCUGGAACUGGAUCUCAGCGAUGCCGAGAGUGAUGACGAGGCCGUCGAACUAAAUGACAAUGCGACGGAGCCGGCCAGGAAACAGGCCAAAUCAGGUAAUGCCAAUGGCAGUCUCAAUGCGUCCAGUCUACCAGUGACGGAUCUGAUGUGCCUGCACCUGCGCAUGGCCAUCAUCAGGAGCGAGUUCGAGAUCCUUGAAAACCCUGAGAUGAGGAGGGCAUACAGUGAGCUGCAGUCGAACAGCUUGAAGCGACUUCGCAGCUCGUCAGGGACAACCAAACAAUCGGAGGAUCUCCUGGUGGAGCGGGCUCCCAUUAGCCAUGUGGUUACCGUGCCGGGGAAACUGCAGCAGCAGCUGGAUCUGCUGAAGCUGGCCCAGUCGCUGGUCCCUCCUGAAACGCAGGUGCAGUUGGCCAAUACGCUGCAGGAUGUGCUCAGCAUCUGCCAGAGCAACGAUCAUAUACUCCUCUCGCCGGGCGAGCACACGAUCAAGUUCUUGGAGCACCUUAACGACAAUGGCAGUCUAAGUGGCCUGGUCCAGCCGGAAGCUAUACUCACUCCGGUUCCAGACCUCUUUAAGCUACCUGUGGUGUCCUCCAGUGAUGAGGACAGCACCCUGCUGGUAAUUGAUGGCGACUAUACCCUGUCGCAACUGGUCUUAAACUGCCGUCAUGUCCGUCGAGGAAUUCUGCUGCGCAAUGGCACCUUGACAAUGCAAGGAUGUCGUCUGAUGGGCGAUGGCAACUCUAGUACCCAGGAGGGUAUCGUCUGCAUGCCAGGCGCCAGCGUGGAACUCAAAAGCUGCCUUAUUGAGGACUUUGCCGUGGGUAUUUCGUUGCGUCCCAGAUCCAGUGCCGAGCUGGGCAGUGUUCAGUUAAAAAACUGUAAGACAGGACUGGAACUGCUGGAGAAAACGGCAUCCUUGAAUCUACAGGGAAGCAAGUGCAGCUUCGACGGAUGUAAGUUGGGAAUCUUGGCAGAUGGCUUGGCCCUGGGCGAAAGGAGGACGGAAAAGAACCUAGUUCUUAAACAAUUCAGCGAACUGCAGCGAUAUAAUAAUGAAAAUUUGCUUGGUAAUUGCACCUUUAACCAUUGCGCGAGAAAUGUGCGAGUUUUUAGCGAAUCCGAUCAACUCCUGGCUCAACGCUCGCAUCAGCGACUUCUGGAGGAGGAACUCGUUGGCGAAAACAAGGAGAACAUUCAAAUGGUCUAGGGGUGUCAUAUGCAUAUUAACAAUUAACUUAGUUUUCCCUUUAAUAAGCACCAACUUGAUAAAUAAAUAUAAAAUAGGCGGUAACCGAAAUAAUAGAUCAAGUGGCUUAAUAAA